UUCAAACAUGUGACUGAUAUGAGGAAAAUGAGAAGCGAGACGAAGGAAAUGUUGGUAAAAUGACAGAUUCUGGGAAAACAAAAGACUUGUAUACGAUAAGGGAUGUCACGCAUGAUUUCAUCGUCACGGUCCAUGGACGCGGACAGGUUCUCCUCAUAGGUCUUGGUGUAGAUGGUAACAUCCGGGCGGUUUCCACUGAUAACAGCAGUUCUGAUGGGAUCUGUGUCUCCCUGUUACAGCUCACCCUCACUGAGAAUGGGGGCAUGGUACUGGCCCCAGCCAACCUUGACCUCAGCUGUACUAUAAAUAGCGAGGACCUCACGGGGGAAAUCAACCUCAUAAGUGGUGUCCCUAUAGAGAUAGCAGACAGGACCCUUAGGAUAUAUCAGGGAGGUGUCCCAAGCCGAAAAUUACCCCCUACCCCAGGGAUCACAGUCAAGUCCUCACCCCCACCUAAACCAAAGAGAGAAGGGGAGAUAAUACUGGAGGAGGAAAAAGAAAAGGAAAAGACACCAGUGCCAUUCAUAGACCCUGAACUUCUGAUCAACAUCAAAUCAACAGACAAGCUGGCAGACCUGGCCGCGAGCUUCCUGACCAAACAGAUCAACCAGUAUACAGACACCAAACUGUCGUCAGCAAUCACCGACCAAAUCUUCUCCUUCCUACAGGAGGUAGCGGGAUACCAGCGCGCCGUGAUCGUGGCGUACAUCACCGAGAUAUCUCAGAGUCUCGAGGAGAUGCCCGAGUCUGAACGAGAUCGACCGCUUCACAAACCAUCUGUCAGACUGCUAGUGGAACUACUCAGACAAAUCAUGGUAAGAUAUACUGCUUCACAAACCAUCU